UCAUGGGGAGAGAUGCGGGAACAAGCUCGUCGCAUCGGCCAUCGUUGGAGCUCCGAGGAGUUGCCGCUCCUGAAGGAAGAGGCGACGACCGACGAAGCACUACCUCCGCAGCUGGCCGAGCACGACGCGAAGGCUGUUGGGGAGAUGGCGAGGAAGGCAAGGAUAGAAGUACGCCGGUCCCCAUGUCGUCCGUCGGUCGAUCCGCUACCAAAGAAGAAGAAGACAAGGGGGGAGAGCUCGACGCCAGAGAAGAAUAAGAAGAAGGAAGGUGGCGGGAAGCUUUUUCACACGGCGCUGGAGUUGAGAAGGGCGACGAAAAUGCGGCUGCCGACAAGCGAAAAGGAGAAUGGGGGGAGGCACCUCUCUUGUUGGUGGUCUCCAAUCGCAACCCUAUUUCAACCUUGGGCCAAAGCUCAUUCCUAAUGGGGUUUCGAGUGGGCUCGAGUUGGGCCGGCUGGUCUUGUGGAGUAGGCCAAAUGGAAAUUAGCCGAGCAGGCUACCAUUUUUGGACAAUUGGGCCAAGCAGAGACCUGAUUAUGGGCUGAGGCAUCAGGGAGGCCUUGUUUCUCAAAUGAGUUGUAUUUGGAAGUGGGUGGACUUGGAGAAAAGUGAAGAGAAGUUUGGUGGGCCGCGACCGGGAAGUUCUGUUGGAUUUCUUUGUAAUGGGCUGGGCUUUGGGGCUUGGGAAGAAAUGGAGCUUAACUGG